AUGGUUCGCGCCGUUUCCACCUUCGUCGCGGCUCUGCUGCCCGCUCUCGGCCUUGCCGCCCCCUUCGGCCUCGGAGGCAGCUCCAGCUCUACCAACACAUCCGGCUCCUUCAUGGGUGUUCCCAUCUCCAACCUCGACGCCCUGGACCUGAUUCCUAACAAGUACAUUGUCGUCUACAACAACACCUUCGACGACGAUGCCAUCGACAUGAAGCAGCAGUCCUUCAUCUCCUCCAUCAAGAAGCGCAACAUUGGAAAGCGCGCCCUCGACGGCCGCGAGCUGUCCACCUCCACCAAGAGCUUCAAGAUGAACGGCUGGCGUGCCAUGACGAUGGAGGCCGACGACACCUUCAUCAUGUCCGUCAUGAGCGCCGACGAGGUCGCCUACGUCGAGCAGGAUGCCAAGGUCAAGCUGUCCGCCACCGUUUCCCAGACCAACGCCCCUCCCGGCCUUGUCCGUCUGUCUCACGCCACUGCUGGCGAGACCGGCUACGUCUUUGACCAGACAGGUGGCCAGGGUAUCACCGCCUACAUUGUCGACACCGGUAUCAUGACCACUCACUCCGAGUUCGAGACCCGUGCCACCUUUGGCGCCAACUUCAUCAACAGCGUCGACACUGACGAGAACGGCCACGGCUCCCACGUUGCUGGCACCAUUGGCGGCCGUACCUUCGGUGUUGCCAAGAACGUUAACCUGAUCGGUGUCAAGGUCCUCGACGGCGAUGGUGCUGGCUCCAACUCUGGUGUCCUCGAGGGCAUGCAGUUCGUUAUCGACGACGUCCAGAAGAAGAACCUUACCGGCAAGGCUGUCAUGAACAUGUCUCUCGGUGGCUCCGCUUCCCAGGCCGUCAACCGCGCCAUCCAGGCUCUCAACAACGCCGGUGUCGUCCCCGUCGUCGCUGCCGGUAACGAGAACCAGGACGCCGGCAACACCUCUCCCGCCUCCGCUCCUAACGCCAUCACCGUCGGUGCCAUUGACGCCCGCAACGACCGCAAGGCCUCCUUCUCCAACUUUGGCCAGUCCGUCGACGUCUUCGCCCCCGGUGUCAACAUUCUGUCCGUCGGCAUCACCUCCAACACUGCCACCAACACCCUCUCUGGUACCUCCAUGGCCUCUCCCCACGUUGCUGGUCUCGCCGCCUACCUCAUGGGUCUUGAGGGCCUGAACACCGUCAAGGCCGUCACCGACCGCAUCCUCGCCCUCUCCGAUGCCUCUGGCGCCACCGUCCAGCAGAACACUGCCGGCACGACCAACCGCAUCGCCAACAACGGCCAGCUCUAA